UUUUUUAUUUUAAAAGCAUAAUAUAAUUUGGCAAGUUAUUUUGUUUCCUUAAUUAAAAGAUACUAGAUCUAAAAUGACAACUUUCUAUUGGUUGGUGAACCUAAAGGUUCACCCUAGGGGGUGAACCCAAGAAAAAGUCAAAUUUUAACCACUUAACUGUACAUUAAAUGACUUCUACAAAGAAACUGUUCGUUAAAUAAUUUAACUUUUUACACCAAAAAAUAAUUUAACUUUAAAUAUUAUCAAAUUGAAGAUAUUCAUUUUCUAAGAAAGUGAUUAUGUCAAAAAAAAGAAGUGAUUAUAGUAAUAAGUUUAGAAUACAGCAACAGUUAGUUAGCCUUAAGACCAGCGCAAACGAAAACUCUUUAUACCAUUAAUAGUAAAUUCCAUUUCUUAUAUAAACAUAACUGUAAGAGAAAAACAUAACAAAAGAAAAGAACCAAAGCUUUUAAAGCCAGUUCGAUUGACCUAUUGUACUUUUUCAGACAAUAGAAAGAGAGAGUUCUCAUCGAUGGCUGCAUCUAGAGAAUUUAUCAUCUGUUGCCUCUUAACACUUCUCUUUUGCACUUUCUUCAUGAGAACCGAGUCUGGUACUGCUGACAUCACCAGAAAAGGAUGUGGCGGCGGCGAUGGCAGUCUUGGGGACGAUAAUGAGCGGUGUGUGGAGGAGGUCAAAGAACAUGACGACAAUGACGUGGAUGAUGUUUUCAAAGUAAUUAACAAAAUGAGGAUAUAUGCUUGAUCAUGGUUCAUUAUUUAAUUAUAUUUUAGGGCUAUAUAUUCAUACAUUUUGUUCCCUUUUAUUUUAUUUAUCAAGUUUGUUUCCUUUUUUUCUGGCGUCGAUUCUUCUGUAUUUUUCCUUAAUUUAACUUUAUAUUUUUUUCCCUCUCUAUAAUGAGAGAAAUGGUGAUCGAAAGAAGGUAACAUGUUUGUCACAGACUCAUGAUUAAUUUUUGGGAUUAAAACCGUGCGAAAGAAGGUAACCUGUUUGUUCAUAAGAAUAGAAUAUACAACAUAUUUGAAUUGCUAUGAUAUAAAGAAAAUGAUUGGAUGAUUAAAAAAUGAGUAAUUCCAAGCCCGUGGAAAAAGCCCGUGGAAACUUAACAUAUUAUUAGAUGUUUAAUACGUUAAG